AUGAACGCAACGCUGGGGGCUCAAGCGGAGGAGGGCGGCGAGUCGAUCCGCCAGACCAAGCGGCCGAGAGCCAUCGUGCUUGUCCCCACGAGGGAGCUGGCCGUGCAGGUGCUGGAGGUGGCGAAGCGGCUGUCCCGCUCUUGCAAGUUCUCGUCGUGCGGGGUGGUUGGGGGGGAGGACUACGGCAAGCAGAGGCAGAGGCUCGCCGGUACCGUUGACAUCGUCGUCGGCACUCCAGGUGCGUGUACCNAAGAUCGAAGCUGCUGGGCGGUUACCUUCGAGGAGAAAAUUGCUCAGGUCUACGACGUGGCUCCCAAGGUGCGCAUCGCAGGCAGCGGCUUCGACGAGCUUGACGCCGCCUCCCUCAAGCUGUCCUUCGCGCCGAAGCUGAAGGAGGGCGAGGACUACAAAGUGGACAUCCAGAGCUCCACCGUCAUGGUGCUCAACCUCCAGCCCGGCAAAAAGUGA